CUUUAUUUUCUCAGCAUCUUUCUCCUUUCCCUUUUGCUUUUUCUUUCCUUUUCUUUUUUAAUUUUUUUUCCCCAUGUUUCAAGUUCCGUUGAAUUGAAUCCCUUCUGUUUAUGUAUCUACCUAUUUCUACAAUAAUCACAGCAAUCUUUUCUCACCCCUCUCGUCUUUUUAUAUAUCAGUCAAUCAAUCCAUAGAGAGAAAGAGAGAUUCAGUCUUGGAUGGUGUAAAAGACAUGGCUGUGGAGCUUAUGAUGGGGUAUUCUGGUGAUAGUUUUGCUACAAAAAUGCAAGAGAAUGAUGUGAGAGAAGCCGCAACUGCUGGGAUACAAAGCGUUGAGGAAGUCAUAAAACUGCUCAAACAAAAUCAACUGGAACAGCAACAAAAACAACAAUACUACCAAGAGUUGUCUGUAGCCUCUUCAAGUUCCAAUCUUGGCACGGAUAAUAUCAUGGCUGUUACUGAUAUGGCCGUGAACAAUUUCAAAAAGGUUAUUUCUUUACUGGGUCGCACCACAAGAACUGGCCAUGCUCGAUUUAGAAGAGCUCCUGUUGACUGCCCUCCUCAACAACAAAUACAAGAACCAGAACCGCAACAGCAAAAACAGCAGGUUCAAGAGCCGGUACCAUAUGUUCGAGCAAUUAAUUCGCAGCCAACAGAGCAAGGAUCUGCUUUUAGAGUUUAUCAACCGACCCCAAUUCAUCGUCUCCCUCCUUUGCCUCACAAUCAGCAACAAAAGACACUGCUGGUUACGAAAAAUGGAUUAUCAGAUCGGAAUGAAAUGGCUACUACGAUCAGUUUCUCUAAUUCGCCAACAAUAUCUGCUCCUACUUCUUUCUUGACAGGGGAAACUGAUUGCUUCCAGCGUUCUGUGUCUUCUGUGUUUCAGUUUACCCAACCUUCUGCUGGUAAACCUCCUUUGUCCUCUUCUUCUCUUAAGAGAAAGUGCAACUCCAUGGAUGAUGCUGCUCUCAAGUGUGGCUCUUCUUCUAGUCGCUGCCACUGCUCCAAGAAAAGCAGGAAAUCAAGAAUUAAAAGGGUGGUUAGAGUUCCUGCAAUUAGUAGUAAGAUGGCUGAUAUCCCACCUGAUGAUUAUUCCUGGAGAAAGUAUGGCCAAAAGCCCAUCAAAGGCUCUCCUCAUCCCAGGGGAUACUACAAGUGCAGUAGCGUGAGAGGAUGUCCGGCACGCAAACACGUGGAGAGAGCUCUAGAUGACUCGAUGAUGCUUAUUGUGACCUAUGAAGGGGAACACAACCACUCUCAUCCAAUCGAUGAAGCACCCGGUGCUCUUGUCCUUGAAUCAUCUUAAGUCAACUGAUCAAUCGGCAUGGAAAAGAUCUUCCCCAGUUCAUUCACGCCCGUGUAAGACAAGACACUAGUGCUCAGAUAGUCAAAAGGACAAGGCUAGUGGGCACAUUAGCUGCCUAAGCAAAAAAAAAAAAAAGGAGAAAAAAACUCCAUAGGAUUCCUUAGUUUCUUUCAUGUGGCUGAAGACUUUUGUUUAGAAAUGAAAAAGGUAGGAAGAGGAUAGAUAUUGUGGAUUUGGUGGGAGUUGAAUCAUGCAAGUAGUGGGUUUUUUAUUAAUUUUUUUUGUCAAGGUCCUACACUGAUUUCUAUAUUUUUUAUUUUUACAUACAUAUAUGCUUGAUUCCCUGGUGGAUCUUGCAAGGUUUUCCCA